AUGUGGCUUGGAAAUACGCUAUGGCUCUUUGUAUGGCUUCAGUUACAUCAAGUCGCCGCCAUCAAAGAGAUUUACACAUGGCGAAAUUCCACCUUCUCCCCUAGAUCUUCUUCAGACAACCAAACUACCACACUUACUACAAUCAUAUCGACAUCGACAUUAUUCAGUACGAUAUCUUCGAAUCCUAACGAAACGUCAUUUGCAAUAUCUACGAUAAGCUCAUUGACCACUAUCAUUGAGUAUACAACAAUAUCUGCAGACUUACCAUUGUCUGCAUCUACCAAAAGCAGUCUCUCAACCGCAAAUCUGAGUAAUGCUACCUCCUCGACGACAUCGAGCUUGUCUCUGUCGUCCAUUGUCACCUCAUCUUUCGGCUCUUCCGCCACCGUAACCUCAGUGCCUACGACCAUGUCUACCUUGAAGUCUACGAGCAGCAGAUCUACCAAUACCUCGAUAUCUUCGUCGUCCUUCGCGUCGUCUUCUGUAUCACCAUCUUCAUCGCCCGUCUCGAGCACGACCACUGCCCUUCUCCUGCUCACCUCUGCGACUGUUGCUGUUAGCCAAGCUAUCAUACCUGGAGUGGCAGCUGAAGCCUCGAACACCGGGCUACAAGUGGUGUCAGCAGCACCUUCGAGCAACGCAUCGACGUCUUCUUCAUCUUCUACUUCUACAGCGGCUCCGUUGACUUCGACUUCGUCUACAGCCAACAGAGCCAUCUCCUCAGCAUCAGAAACUAUAUCGGAGCCAACUGCAAGCAGUGUUUCAGAAACAAACGCGCAGAGCACGCCUGCCACCAGCAGUGUAGUACCGAGCACGACCGAGGCUUCAAGUUCUAUAGCUUCGUCCGUACCCAGUACGACGUCGACGCCUGCUAGCAGUACAGAGCCGAUGAGUAGCUCAAGCAGCAUCACGUCCAUCUUGACUGCAUCAGGAUCACCAAGCGCCACUGCAUCGACCUCGAACGCAAUUCCAAGCUCGAAUCUUGUCCUUCCCACCACCUCCGAGUCUCAGUCCCCGACUUUAAUCUCUUCUUCCUCGACCGUCGUCUCCUCCUCGCGCUCGUCGACCGCUACUGCAACAGCCACUUCAGACUCAAACACUUCAAAUCCCAGCGCCACGCCUGUAAACAAAUCAACCUCACACAAACUCUCCUCCCAAGAGAUCGCCGGUAUAUCCUUCGGCGCUGUCGCAGCCGCCUUGAUUCUCUUCCUCCUCCUCUUCGCACUUUAUCGCCGCCACAGAGCUCGUAAAUCCACUACCGCUGCAGCUAUAAAGGACGAGCACAACUCCUUCCCCGAAAGCGCAUGGCUGUACGAUCCUCGUAUGACGCCUUCUCCCGCCGUUGCUGCUGCAUCUUCGCGCAGUCCGGUGAGCAGUAUGCAUUCUAGUAUCUCGAGUAGUGCGAGUAGAAGGAAUUCAAGACUACUUUCUGCUAUCGCGACGCCUGCACUAUUGCCGAGACGUCAGGUCAGUAAUCCAGUAGGGAGAGCAUUGACGUCCAAUCCUCCUGCUGCAGCAUCUACAAACCAUCGUCCCUCAUAUUCAGUGCCGGAGUUCAAACUCUUGCCUCCCACGCCUUCUGCUGCUGUGUCUUCGACAUUGUUUUCGAGUCCCGUUAGUCCUAUUGAGGAAUCGCCCGUCACUCCCAAGGAAACAAAGAGGGAGAGUCUUCCGGCGAUCUUGAAGAUUGGUGGGGGCAGAAAGAGACCUGUUACUGCUGCAUCUAUGGGAACGCAGGUCACUUCUAGUCCUAAUAAGCCGUUGCCUGCUAGACCUGUGAGUAUGGGCAAGAAUAGACCGUUUAGUUUUGAGGUUGGUGAUGAUGGGGCUCAGCAGGCUCAGCAGGCUCAGCAGUGCGGGAUUGCAAAGUGA